AUGGCCCGACGCGUGACGAGCGACUCGGAGAGUGGCGACGACGCUCCGUUGGCGCAGUCGUCGACUGCCACGAGCCGUGCAACUAGCAAACGCCCACGGCCCUCGGCCUCCGCGGACGGUGGCCCAGCCAAGCGCCCACGCAGCACUGUCAACAGCGACGACAGCGGCCCAGACGUUGCCCGGCCUGCUAAGCAGCUUGCCGCCGCAGCCGUGCCCCUCCCUGGCGCACUCAAGAAGUCCAAUGGCAAAUCCCGCACCCCCGCAUCCAAGAAGGAUAUGACUGAACUUGGCCAACAUGAGGCUGCUGUUCCCCUCGUCAAGACCGAGGAUGGCGAUGUCGACAUGGCCGACGCCGACGAGUCCGACGACGAGCCCCUCAACAAGCGCAUCAAGGCAGCUGCCAAUGGCAAGUCCAAGAGUCGAGCGACGACAGACGACGACGACGACGACGACGACGACGAUUCCGUCACUCGGAACAAGAAUGGAGCCAACGAGAGUGGCGAGGAAGAGGUUUCAGCAUCCGAGUCCGAGUCCGAGCCAGAUGUUCCACUCUCUAAGAAGAAGCCUGCCUCCCGAAAAAAAGUCAAGCAGGAGUCUGACGAAGACGAAGAUGUCAAGCCUGCUCGCAAGACUCCCAAGAAGAACGGCAAGGCUGUCAAGAAGGAAGAGUCUGACGAAGAUGUCAAGCCCUCAAAAGGUAAAGCCAAGGUCAAGAAGGAGGACGGUGACAAAAAGCUAAGCGCUCGUGCCCUCAAGAAACAAAAGGAGGAAGAGGAAGAGGCCGAACGCUUCAAGUGGUGGGAGACUGAAGCUCUGGGCGACGGUACCACCAAAUGGACAACCCUCGAGCAUGCUGGCGUACUCUUCCCUCCUCCCUACGAACCUCUACCCAAGCACGUCAAGAUGAAAUACAAUGGCAAGGAGGUCGACCUCCCUCCCGAGUCCGAAGAGCUCGCAGGCUGGUUCGGAGCCUUACUCGAGACUGAACACGCUGCCGAUGAGGUCUUCCAAAAGAACUUUUUUGGUGACUGGCAGGCUGUGCUCAAGGAUCACCCUCCCCGCAAUGGUAUAGUCAUCAAAGACUUUGACAAGUGCGACUUCCGGCCCAUGUUCGAUUUCUUUGAAGCCGAAAAGGCAAAGAAGAAAUCCAUGACUGCCGCCGAAAAAAAGGCUAUCAAGGAGGCCAAGUCCAAGGACGAAGAAAAGUAUACUGCUUGUACGAUGGACGGUCGCCCCGAAAAGGUUGGCAACUUCAGGAUAGAACCUCCAGGUCUCUUCAGAGGACGAGGCAAGCAUCCCAAAAAAGGCAAACACAAGUAUCGUCUGCGCCCAGAGGACAUUACAAUCAAUAUUGGUCAGAAUGCACCGAUCCCCGUACCAAACAUUCCUGGCAAGUGGGGAAAGAUUCAGCACGACCAAACCGUGACGUGGCUCGCAAGCUGGAAGGAGAACGUCAAUGGCAACUUCAAGUAUGUCUUCCUCGCCGCUGGUAGUUCACUCAAGGGCCAGUCCGACAUGCAAAAAUUCGAAAAGGCCCGCGAACUCAAGAAACAUGUCGAUCGCAUCCGAGAAGAUUACACCCGUGAUCUCAAGAACAAGACCAGCGCCGACCGACAACGCGCCACUGCCAUGUACUUUAUCGAUCGCCUGGCGCUCCGAGCAGGUAACGAAAAGGGCGAAGAUGAGGCUGAUACAGUCGGCUGUUGUUCCCUGCGUUAUGAGCACAUCAUGCUUGAGCCUCCCAACAAACUCAUCUUCGACUUUUUGGGUAAAGAUUCGAUUCGUUAUUACAACGUUGUCGAAGUUGAGCCCCAGAUCUUUAAGAACAUUCGAAUCUUCAAGGGUGAUGGCAAGAGCGAGGGAGAUGCCCUGUUUGAUCGUGUCUCGACUGGUGGCUUGAAUAAGCAUUUGAAUUCGUACAUGAAGGGCUUGUCCGCCAAGGUCUUCCGUACCUAUAACGCCUCGAUCACCUUCCAGAAACAGCUCGACGAAAACACUCCGGCUGACGCAGACAUUACUCAGAAGCUUGCGGCGUACAAUCGGGCUAAUCGUAUGGUGGCCAUCUUGUGUAACCAUCAAAAGAGUGUGAGCAAGAACCACGAUGCAAGUAUGGGCAAACUUGGCGACCAGUUGAGAGGUCUCAAGUACAAUCGCAUGAAGCUCCGUCAUCAAUUAUUCACCCUCGACAAGAAGCUUAAGAAGAAGCACCCCGAGCUUGAUGAACUCGAGUCUGACCUCGACGACGAGUUUAUUGAGCGCUGGGAAGACGCCAAACGCGAAGAGGACAUCGCCAAGGCACGGAAAAAGUUUGAAAAGGACAACGAGAAGCGGGUCGAAAAGGGUGAAAAGGAAGAAAAGGAGAGCGCACUCGACGAGAAGAUUGAUGACAUUAACGCCGAGUACGAUCGCCUAAAAGAGGAGCGUGGAACGGAGCAGGCUGCUGGACCCAAGGGUCGUACGCCCGAAAAGGUUUUGGAUGCAAUCACCAAGCUGGACGAGAAGAUCAAGAUGUUCAAGUUCAAGAUGCAAGAUAAGGAAGAAGGAAAGGAGGUUGCGCUGGGUACGAGUAAGAUCAACUAUUUGGACCCAAGAAUUACCGCUGCUUGGUGCAAAAAACACGACGUCCCCAUCGAAAAGAUUUUCGCCAAGACGUUGUUGAACAAAUUCCCUUGGGCCAUGGAGAUCGACGAAGACUGGAAAUUCUAG